GACGGCGACGCGGACGGGGACGCGGACGGCUCGGCGGAGGGCGACUCCGGCGACGCGGGGCGGCUGGGCGGCAGCGCGCCCGCGGCCAAGGACUGCGCCGACGACGAGCAGGAGGACAGCGCCAUCGACGUGACGGAGACGAGCGCCAGCGAGCCCCCGGACAGCGACGACAAGGACACGGACCUGAACGUGAGCGCGGAGUCGGCCGAGGCGGAUGCGGGGCCGCCCUCCGGCUCGGCGUCCAAGCUCGUGCAGACGGACGAGACGCCCAUCAACCUCACGCGCAAGCUGAAGGGCGAGCGCAAGCUCAGGAAGGACUGCUACGUCUUCACCGACAACGAGGACGACGACGAGGAGGCGGCCGAGCUGGAGGAGGAGCGGGACGAGGUGGGCGCCCUCGACCUGUCCCGUCACGCCCGCACGGUCAGAGAGGCGCGGGCGCAGCGCGAGAGCCUGGAGUCGCCGCCGUCGGGGGGCAAGGCGGGCCGGACGGCGCGCGGCCAGGGCACGCAGACCAUCCUGUCCAUCACGCAGAGCAACAAGUCGAAGAAGCUGAAGCAGAGCCCCGCGUGCACGGCGUCGCCCACGUCGACGGCGCAGGCGGCCGCCACCGCCGCGCAGAUCAGCCGGCCGGCGCUGCCCAUCGACUGGACGCACCCGCCCAUCGUGCCCGGCCCCGUCACGCCGCACGCCGUGGCCUUCAGCGACCUCAUGACGCUGUCACACGCGGCGGUGCAGCUGCAGCUGGCCAUGGCCCAUGCCCAAGCGCAGGCACAGGCUCAGGCGCAGGCACAGGCGCAGGCACAGGCGCAGGCGCAGGCGCAGGCCGAGGCGCAGGCCAGAGCGCAGGAGCAGGUGCUGAAGAGCCUGAAGGUGAGCGAGUCGCUGAGCUUCGUGAACGGGUCGGGCGACACCCUGACCAUCAGCCCCAUCACGACGGCGCUGCAGGACAAGCCGUCCAAGAACACGCCCACGAAGGCCACCAGCAAGAUGCACCACCACGCGGCCAAGUCCAGCGUGAACGGCGGCUCGCACGUGUCGCACUCCCGCAGCUCGAGCACCAAGUCGCACGGCAGCCACAAGUCGGCGGGCAGCAUCAUCAGCAGCAAGGCCAGCGCCAGCAGCCACGGCAGCCUGCGGACGACCAUCCACAAGUCGUCGCUGACGGCGUCGCUCAAGAUCCCGUCGGUGUCCGUGAGCAAGACCAACGGCACCGCCUCCUCCAGCGGCGGCGGCGGCGGCGGCGGCGGCAAGGGCGACAAGGACUACCCCGAGAGAACGGGCGACCCCGUCUUCAAGAUCACCAACCAGAAGCUGGCGGAGUUCGUGCGGCGGCAGCACCUGCAGCAGAAGCUCAAGCAGAACAGCAACAACCUCAAGUCGAACGCGAGCGCGACGAACACCACCUCCACGACCACCACCACCUCCUCCUCCUCCAACCCCACCUCCUCGGCCUCGAGCUACAUGAACAGUGUCAGUUCCUCGGGCUCCCCCGCGUCCUCCUCGAGCACCACCAUCACCAAGAGCUCGUCCUCGCUCCUGGGCUCCUCGUACAAGACGAGCUCGGCCUCCAGCCCCGCGUCGGGCGCGCCCUCCCUCAGCAGCGUGUCCUCGGCGCCCAAGUCGUGCUCGUCCUCGCAGAGCAUCCGCGCCACCAACACCAGCGUGCGCCAGAUCCCCAACCCGUCGCUGCUCCGCCAGCAGUCCGAGUCGCGCAUCACCAGCGGCCUCUCGGGCCUCGGCAUGAGCUCCAGAAAGUCCUCGGAGUCCAUCAGCAGAAUCGAGAGCCUCACGAGAUCCCUGCACGAGAAGAUGGCCGCCAACUCGCUGGCCGCCUCGUCCCUCGCGGCCACGAUAAACUCGGCGGUCAAAUAGGCUCUCUCCUCGACCGCCCUCGAGGCGCGGCCGGCCGGCUGACAGUGCAAGUGAAUUCCAGACGAAGCCGACGGCUUUUGCUUCUGUUUUCCUCCGGGUCAUCGCGAUGGCUUCGUUUUCAGGUGAUGUCUACUCGCAUCACC